AUGAUCAACAACCCUCUGACCCUGUUUUGUCUUGUCGAUGGUGAAUCAACCCCAUUCCCUGUCGAGAUUGACCCUACAAAGUCAAUCGGUGGCCUCAAGAAUCUCAUCGUCAAUGGGGACCAAGCUCCCGCGUUCAGGGACGUCGCUGCCAAAGACCUCAUCCUCUGGCGUGUCUCAAUUCCUGUCGUGCCCAAGAAGGAGCGUAAGGAAAUCUCACUAGCUGACAUCCCAUCAAAGGAGGAGCUCGAUGAGACAGACGACAUCUCUGACGUCUUUGCACAGACACCACCGAAGAAGACCAUUCACAUCAUCGUUCAGCGCCCUCCUCAAGUCCAUGUACCUGUCCCUUCUCGAGCCUUGACUCCCCUCCCUGGUUCUCUUUCGGAUAGUUCUCGUCCCAGUGACCUCCGAGCUGAUAUCAAAAAGAUCGCGGACCGAUUCUUUGCAACUGGAUCUCCUGCCUCUGACUUUCUGGAUGCAUACGUGCGAGGCGAAAAGAGCUUACCUGUCACCACUGUUGGAGUUAAGGGGCUACCCAAAGUCCUACGGCGAGGCGUUGUUGACAGCCAGGAUUCAGGACCAAGUCUUCUUUUUCUGGAUUUACCAAACCCUCCGUUGAACGCGGGCGAUCCGAUUCCUGAGCGAUUUCGGUCAAACGUUCUUUUGAGCAAGCUGGAAGGCAUGCAAGCACAGGACCUCCCCGUGUUCGGCGUUUCCGGGUGCGGAAAAACUCGCUCGAUGAUCGAGAUGCUUUGUUUGCAAUGGGGAUUCUACUUCAACGCGGCAAAGAAGGACCUCGGCUCCAACGAUCUCAGUCAACUUGCCGAGUUCCUGGACACAAAAACAUCAGAGGAACAAGGUCCCAGAAUCAACACUGUCUUCGCAAGGAAAAUGACUCUUGUGCUCUUCCUCUCCCGACUCUUGGUCCUCAAGUACUGCCUGCAGGUCCCCAAUUGCAGACAGACAUUCUCGAGUGACAGUUGGGCCAUACUCCAGGUCUGUCCUCAUAUGUUCCGGGAUGUCUUUAUGGAGUUUUUCAGGAAACUCUAUGAUCAGAUGAAAGAGCGCUUAUUCUCUGUAUCUGUCAUGGAAUCCAUUGUCCGUGAUGAGCUUCUCUCAGUGCGGGAUAGUCUUGCUGUCCACAAGUACACCAAUUUCUCAAGAGAGACGAAACUGCGGUUGGUUGUAGAUGAAGCUCAAAUUCUCGGCGACAAGGGCAGUACGUUAUUUCAGUCGUCAUUCACGGAAGACGACCUGCGACCAAUGCUCAGUCCUGUACUGAAUGGUCUGCGGAAGGCAGGAGACGAAAAAGAGCUCACGAUCAUCUACUGUGGCUGUGGUAAGACCCGUGCCGUGAUUGAGCUUCUGUCUCAGUACUGGGGCUUUUACUUCAACGCGUCGAGCGACGACUGGGGAAGUGGCGACAUGAUGACUCUCCACUCAACCAUCCAAAAGCACCUGGACGAUACCAAAGGAUCCUUCGUUGUUGACCGGCAAGCCAACAAUGCCUAUGCACGCAAAAUUACUCUACUGCUGUUUCUUUCUCGGCUCUUAAUCUUCAAACUGGUGCACCAUCGCGAGGGCUAUCUCUCAGACUAUGUCAGUGAUGCGUUCGAGGAUGUGAAAGGACGGCUUAUUGGACGUGGAUGCCUACCAAAGAUCAAGGAUGACACCAGGCUCCUAGUCAUCAACGAUGAAGCACAGUUCCUUGGCGACCAGUUCAAUGGCUCUUUCCAGUCGAUGCCUUCUUCGGAGGAUUCUUCACGACCGCUACUGUCUCCUAUCCUACACGCGUUUCGAGAUAUCGGUCAACACCAGCUCACGCUUGUCACUUGCGGUGCUGGCCUCAGUAUUAACACCCUUUUCUGGGUUCAGAGCUCAGAUUGUUUGCAGGACGACCAGUCAAAGUUGGCUUUGGAUGAGUUUCUCUCGCAGGAGGUAGUUGAGAUGCUGUUCCAAAAAUUUGUGGGUCGCUAUCGUCCGGCUAUUGCUUGCAUGAAGACCAUCGAAGAUGCAGAGGACAGGCUGGUAUCUUGGGCGCAUCGGCACAUCAAAGGCAAUUUGUGCUACGAGAUAUCUCGCCUCCACGACAAACACAACAAAUACAAGGAUCAGGUUGUGGAGUCUAUCGACAGCAUGCUGGGCCUCCUUAUGUAUCAGCGUUGCAUGUUUGGGAAUCACGACCUUGUCCUCAAGGAGGUGAACCCUGCGUUGGUGGAGCAUGCGUUUGGUCGGAUCAAGAUCACCCGCGGUCAUGCUGUUACCGUCAUGGACGAGCCCUUCGUUUCCAAAGCUGUCGAGAACUAUUUCGCCGCCAUCGAUCCCUACUUCGUGAGGGAAGUGCGGAAACUUAUGGUAAAGUCAAGUCUUAUUGAACAGGGAUGUGUGUUUGAGCGGUUCAUGAUGAAGGUUUUCAGUGAGACGUUCAACAUACGACCUCUAUCGGAGUGGCCGCAUCAGCCCCCCAUUUCUGAUAUGUGUCCAGCUCUCGUCGGCAAGGUGGAAAUUGUUGGCCGGAGGGAACCUGGACUCGAGCAAAGCACGACGCACGCGAUGGUGUCGAUGGAGGAGUUCAUGGACGCCCAUGUCAACCAUGGGUCAACCCGCAACAACAUGCCUGUCGCGCCAUUUUUCUUCCCCAAGUCCAAUCUGUCGGGACCAGACUUGGUUUUCUUCAUUCAGAUCGACGGUGCUCGUUUGGUUCCUGUCUUCGUUCAGAUGAAGCUGCAACAAGGGUCGGCUAACUUCUCGGAGAGGGAUUGGAAUGACGCACUCAGCACAGUCUCGGCACCCAAAAUUGAGGACCACGUAAAGAAUUUUCGCAAGUACUGCCCCGACAACGUCUACAUCAGCAUGAUUGUUGCAUACCCUACCAAAUGGACUGACAAGCUGCCAGCACCUUCAGAGCUCCCAAAGGACCCCAGUGGUGUUCAGCAGGUCGUGAUCAACGUCAGCGAUGACAAUUUCGGCGACAUUUUCCUCCAGGAGCAUGUGGAGUUUAUUGAUCGACUCAAGAAUGCUCGAAAGCGUUCUGCCGACGACGGUCACAGCAACGACGAGGACUGCUCGAAAAAGCAGAGGAACUAA